CCAGCAGCAGGUUCCUGACAGACACCAUGAGAGGAUACCGCGGCGUCAAGUACACCUUGUUCUUCUUCUGCUAUUGUUUCUGGGUGAGUCCGGGCCGGUCCGGUCCGACCCUCCAUCUGGGCCGCACGCCUCACCCUGCAGGGGGCUGAUGGUCCAGACGUCAGCUGGAAGGAGGAAGUAGUUUUGUUUUCCUGUAUGUCGGUGAGGUGACAGGAAGUCAGGAUGGAGGGAGACGUGCAGUAAAGGUCACCGGGUCGGGACCGGAACCGUGACGGCCGGACAGAGGACUGAAAGUUCUGGGUCACAAACUGAUGGAUUAAUGGGAGAGCAGCUGCUGGAGGUUUGAUUUGUUCUGGUCCAGUAAAACAGAACCUCUGGAACCUUCAGAACCUUCAGAACCAGGUUGAAGGUUUUCCCACUGACCGCUGUGGCUUUGGGCGGGGCAGCGGUUCUGCUUCCUGUCCGGUCCUGUUUGGUAUUAGUGACCAGAACCUCUCUGUGUGACUCUGCAGGUCGUCAGCGCCGUCCUGAUCGCAGUCGGGAUCUACGCCAAGGUCGCCAAGGAGAAAGGUCAGUAGAGGUCGUUCCAGCAGCAGCUGGUUUCCUGGUUCCGUUCAGAACACGACCCAGUUAGAACCGGGCUCAGACUUCUGGGUUUCAGGAAGGGAUGCAGCAAAGACGAAACCAGGAAACGAUCCAGAUCCAGACAAGUUUCAACUUUUCCUCCUGAUGGUGAAACAGUCGGCCAAUUACCUGCUGAGGUUUCCGUCUCCAUGGGAACCAUCAGAAAUGAAUGGAAGUCAAACACUUAUUGUGUGUGUGUGUGUGUGCGCAGAUGUAGUCGACACUCUGACCGUGGACCCAGCGCUGCUGCUGAUUGUCGUCGGAUUGUUGAUGUUCCUCAUCACCUUCCUGGGAUGCUUCGGAGCGCUGCGUAACGCCACCUGCCUGCUGAAGAUGUUCCUGUCCAUCCUGGCUGUGGUUCUAGUCCUGCAGGUUGCUGCUGGAGCCGUGACUUACGUUUUAACCGACUUGGUAACAGAACACCAUGAGCUGAAUGCAGAACGUCAGAGAUCCGGUGUGAACUCUGAUGCUGUUCAGGUGAUGGAGAGGACGGAGAUGCUGAUGAUGAAGGCCGUCGUCCGCUACAGGGAGGAUCGGGACCUAGAGAACGCCAUCGACUUUGUCCAGAAGAAGUUCCAGUGCUGCGGCGUGGAAAACUACAAGGACUGGUCCCGUAACGUCUACUUCGAGUGUUCUGAGAGCAACCCCAGCCUGGAAGUCUGCGGCGUUCCCUUCUCCUGCUGCGUCCACCUGCAGAACCAGACGGUGCUGAACACCAUGUGUGGUUACGGCAUGCAGCAGCAGCAGGAAGCGGCGGCCCGGCAGCACAUCUUCACGCCCGGCUGCCUGCAGCGGAUCGUCCUGUGGGCCCAGAAGAACCUGCUGCUGGUGGCCGGGCUGACGGCCGGUCUGCUGCUGCUGGAGGUGUGCAUGAUGGGUCUGGCCGCAGCGCAGGCGGCCUGGAUCCACCGGGUCCGACGGAGGCAGAAGGUCAGCGAAGGUCGCAGGGCAGAGGAGAGGAAGGAGAGGCUCUGGUUUCCCGCCUUCGCUGACUUUACUGAGGAAUGAUGAAGACGACGAUGAUGAUGAGCUUCGUCUCUGCAGAACCAAACAGAACCAGGAGGUUUCUGAGGUUCCUUCUCAUCUCAGAGCUUCAGGACUUUAAAGUGUGACCUUUGACCUGUUGGGGUUCUGGUCUCCUUCAGGCUGCUUCCUCUCUAAUCCCGCCUGUUCUGCUGUAAUCUGAGGCAGAUUAGCAGCAGGAUCAUCUGCGGCGGCAGCAUGUUGCUGCGGGAGGCGGCGUGCGGCCGUCACGCUCACCUUAUUGGAUUUAUGACCUCAGGGUCAACCAGCGUGUGUGUGUGUGUGUGUGUGUGUGCACAGGAUGCAUGAUGGGAAACCUCGUGUCUCAUUGAUCCUGUAUUUUAUACGAGCCCAUCGCCAUGGAAACGGUUUAUGCAUGAAUACUUGAGGCCUUCUGCUGGAGUUUAUCAGAGAAACAAACCAAAAAAUAACACAUGGUUCAAAUCUGAAAAGUGUGGCAUGUCCCCAUAAAUA